UAACCCGGAAGUGGGUCGUCGCGUCUCCGGUCUCGGCUGGGUUUGUUGACAGCUUCCUUUCAGGAGCAAAACUCGAGACCAAAGCUCCUCAUACUACAGUAGCACUGCAUCGUAGGACUGAAGGUGUCAUACCACGGAGUAGUGUCUGAUAAUACUACAGUAGUACUGUAUCGUAGGACUGAACGUGUCAUACCACGGAGUGUCGUGUGAUAAUACUACAGAGUAUCGCAACACUACGGACUGAAGAUGAACGUGACGCUGGCAGUGAAGCAGUACGUCACCAGGAUGAUCGAGGACAGCGGGCCGGGCAUGAAGGUCCUGCUGAUGGACAAGGACACGACCAGUAUCGUCAGCAUGGUGUACACCCAGUCAGAGAUCCUACAGAAGGAGGUGUAUCUCCUGGAGAGAAUCGACUCUCAGAACCGGGACAACAUGAAGCACCUGAAAGCGAUCUGCUACCUGCGUCCUACCAAGGAGAAUGUGGAGAGUCUGAUCCAGGAGCUGAGAAGACCCAAGUACAGCGUCUACUUCAUCUACUUCAGUAACGUCAUCAGUAAGAGUGAGAUCAAAGCACUGGCGGAGGCCGACGAACAGGAAGUGGUGGCCGAGAUCCAGGAGUUUUAUGGGGACUUCAUUGCUGUGAAUCCUCAUCUCUUCUCCCUUAACCUGCAGGGCGUUGCCAGGGGGAGGAGCUGGGACCCCACCAUGCUGGCCCGCUCCACUCAGGGCCUGACGUCGGUCCUGCUGGCACUCAAGAAGUGUCCGGUCAUCAGAUACCAGCUGUCCUCCGACAUGGCCAAGAGACUGGCCGAGAGCGUCAAGCUCAUCAUCACUAAGGAGUACGAGUUGUUUGACUUCAGGAAGACUGAAGUUCCUCCACUGCUGCUGAUCCUCGACCGCAGCGACGACGCCAUCACCCCCCUCCUCAACCAGUGGACGUACCAGGCGAUGGUCCACGAGCUGCUGGGUCUGAACAACAACCGCAUCGACCUGUCCCGCGUCCCGGGGAUCAGCAAGGACCUCCGCGAGGUGGUGCUGUCGGCCGACAACGACGACUUCUACGCCAACAACCUGUACCUAAACUUCGGGGAGAUCGGCACCAACAUCAAGAACCUGAUGGAAGACUUCCAGAAGAAGAAACCGAAAGGACAGCAGAGGCUGGAGUCCAUCUCAGACAUGAAGGCCUUCGUGGACAGCUACCCCCAGUUCAAGAAGAUGUCGGGGGCGGUGUCGAAGCACGUGACGGUGGUGGGGGAGCUGUCCCGCCUGGUGGCGGAGCGGCAGCUGAUGGAGGUCUCAGAGGUGGAGCAGGAGCUGGCCUGUCAGAACGACCACUCCAGCGCCCAGCAGAAGGUGCGGCGGUUGCUCCGCCUCCCGGGGGUGUGUGAGCUGGACGCCGUCCGCCUGGUGAUGCUCUACGCUCUGCGCUACGAGCGCCAUAGCAACAGCGCGCUGCCCGCCAUGAUGGAGGAGCUCGCCAAGAGGGGCGUGUCCGAGAAGUACCGCAAGAUGGUCCACAGUGUGGUGGAGUACGGGGGGAAGCGGGUGAGAGGAAGUGACCUCGUCACGGCAACGGACGCCGUGGCGAUCACCAAACAGUUCCUCAAGGGGCUCAAGGGCGUGGAGAACGUGUACACUCAGCACCAGCCGCUGCUACAGGACACUCUGGACCAGCUGGUGAAGGGGAAGCUGAGAGACGCACAGUUCCCCUACCUGGGGGCCAGCAGCCUCAGAGACAGGCCCCAGGACGUGCUGGUGUUCGUGGUGGGCGGGGCCACCUACGAGGAGGCGCUGUGCGUCUACAACCUGAACCGCUCGGUGCCCGGGGUCCGCAUCGUCCUGGGGGGCACCACCGUGCACAGCACCAAGAGGUACUAGUACUACCUACAGUACUCACUACACUGUACACACUACAGUACACACCACCGUGCACAGUACCAAGAGGUACUAGUACUGCCUACAGUACUCACUACAGUACUCACUACUGUACACACUACAGUACACACCACCGUGCACAGUACCAAGAGGUACUAGUACUGCCUACAGUACUCACUACAGUACUCACUACAGUACACACCACCGUGCACAGUACCAAGAGGUACUAGUACUACCUACAGUACACACUACAGUACUCACUACAGUACACACUACAGUACACACCACCGUGCACAGUACCAAGAGGUACUAGUACUGCCUACAGUACACACUACAGUACACACCACCGUGCACAGUACCAAGAGGUACUAGUACUACCUACAGUACUCACUACAGUACACAGCACCGUGCACAGUACCAAGAGGUACUAGUACUACCUACAGUACUCACUACAGUACCAAGAGGUACUAGUACUACCUACAGUACACACUACAGUACACACUACAGUACCAAGAGGUACUAGUACUACCUACAGUACUCACUACAGUACACACUACAGUACACACUACACUGUACACAGCACCUGGAGGUACUAGUACUCACCACAGUACACACUAC